CCUCCGGCCGAGCCCAGCUCCCCGCGGCGGCCGCUAGCCCCCGGCUCCGAGCCACCACUCAGACCUAGCGGCCGCCGCCCCCGGUGCGGGAUGAGGAGAUCCGCGGCCGCCACUGGGCCACAUGGAGGAGCCGCCGCCGCCCCGCCCACCAGCGAGCAUGGCCUUACUGGGCAGCCAGCACUCCGGCGCCCCCUCCGCGGCCGGCCCACCUGGCGGGACUUCCUCCGCGGCCACGGCGGCCGUGCUCUCCUUCAGCACCGUGGCGACCGCGGCGGCCGCGGCGCUGGGGAACCUGAGCGACGCAAGCGGAGGCGGCACAGCUGCCGCUCCCGGUGGCGGCGGCCUUGGCGGGUCCGGGGCAGCGCGGGAGGCGGGGGCGGCGGUGAGGCGGCCGCUAGGCCCGGAGGCGGCGCCGCUGCUGUCGCACGGAGCUGCAGCGGCGGCCCAGGCGCUCGUCCUCCUGCUCAUCUUCCUGCUGUCUAGCCUUGGCAACUGCGCGGUGAUGGGGGUGAUUGUGAAGCACCGGCAGCUCCGCACCGUCACCAACGCCUUCAUCCUGUCGCUGUCCCUAUCGGAUCUGCUCACGGCGCUGCUCUGCCUGCCCGCCGCCUUCCUGGACCUCUUCACGCCGCCCGGGGGUUCGGCGCCUGCCGCCGCCGCGGGGCCCUGGCGCGGCUUCUGCGCCGCCAGCCGCUUCUUCAGCUCGUGCUUCGGCAUCGUGUCCACGCUCAGCGUGGCGCUCAUCUCGUUGGACCGCUACUGCGCCAUCGUGCGGCCGCCGCGGGAGAAGAUCGGCCGCCGCCGCGCGCUGCAGCUGCUGGCGGGCGCCUGGCUGACGGCCCUGGGCUUCUCCUUGCCCUGGGAGCUGCUCGGGGCGCCCCGGGAACUCGCGGCGGCGCAGAGCUUCCACGGCUGCCUCUACCGGACCUCCCCGGACCCCGCGCAGCUGGGCGCGGCCUUCAGCGUGGGGCUGGUGGUGGCCUGCUACCUGCUGCCCUUCCUGCUCAUGUGCUUCUGCCACUACCACAUCUGCAAGACGGUGCGCCUGUCGGACGUGCGCGUGCGGCCGGUGAACACCUACGCGCGCGUGCUGCGCUUCUUCAGCGAGGUGCGCACGGCCACCACCGUCCUCAUCAUGAUCGUCUUCGUCAUCUGCUGCUGGGGGCCCUACUGCUUCCUGGUGCUGCUGGCCGCCGCCCGGCAGGCCCAGACCGUGCAGGCCCCCUCGCUCCUCAACGUGGUGGCCGUCUGGCUGACCUGGGCCAAUGGGGCCAUCAACCCUGUCAUCUACGCCAUCCGCAAUCCCAACAUUUCGAUGCUCCUAGGGCGCAACCGCGAGGAGGGCUACCGGACUAGGAAUGUGGACGCUUUCCUGCCCAGCCAGGGCCCGGGUCUGCAAGCCAGAAGCCGCAGUCGCCUUCGAAACCGCUAUGCCAACCGGCUGGGGGCCUGCAGCAGGAUGUCCUCUUCCAACCCGGCCAGCGGAGUGGCAGGGGACGUGGCCAUGUGGGCCCGCAAAAAUCCAGUGGUACUUUUCUGCCGAGAGGGACCACCAGAGCCGGUGACGGCAGCGACCAAACAGCCUAAAUCCGAAGCUGGGGAUACCAGCCUCUAAGACGGUUGGAAUGGCCAGCUUAUGAAGGCAAAUUUCCACUCGCAUUAUUUAAUGAUGGAAGAUUCUGGGGGAGAGUUGUGGAUUUCAUAAAGCCAAACAUUUAAAGCUAGAGACGGGGGAGACUUACCACUUUCCCCAAACAACAUAAAAGACAAUGUCCCUUCUUCAAAAGUGCCAAAAGGAAUGUAAAAUGCAAAAAUUAAAACAAUCUUAAACCACAUAA